AUGGAACGUCCAUCAGAUAUUUUAAGAUUAAUUUGUUUAUUUAGGCAGAAUGAAUGUCUAUGGAACUUCAAGUCUGCAGGAUAUAAACGUGUGGACCUUAAAAGAAAAGCUUGGUUGCAGAUCUCAAAAGAAUUGGGAAAAGAUGUAGAAGAGGUAAAACCCAAAAUAAAACAUUUGCGAACCACCUAUGUUGCUGAAAAGAAGAAAAUGGAUAGCUCAAAGAAAUCGGGUGAAGGAGCUGAAACCCUAUAUGAGCUCCACCUAUAUUAUUAUAACGAAAUGAAAUUUUUGGAUUCUGUUAUUGUGUUACGGAAAACAACGAGCAACUUGGAAAUGGAAAAUGUUGAGUUUGCGACUGAAGUUCUUGAAGGUGAAGGUUUAGAUGAGACAUUAAUAUCAAUGUCUCCACCACAAGAAUCUGCACCCUCGCUUGCAUCGUCCUUCUCAUCAACGUCCUCCACUUCAUGCACUGCAUCUCGACGCCGCAAGCCAAAUAAGGAAGCAAACUUUGACAAGGCGCUUGACAGAAUCUUCCCCAUGGUGUAUGUUUACAUUUGA